AUGCAAGCAGCUCCCAAGAUCAAGCUCACAAUCAAGAGGAACCGUUCCGCUGAGGAUGAGUCCACAAUUCUCACGCCUGAACAGGAAUCGGCUCGGCAACGAGAACAACUCGAGGCCAAGCUCUUGACGGCCAUCGAUAGCUUGUGGCAGAUGGAGCUCAGAGCUGGAGACGUCCAGGAGAACAACCGAGAGUUCUUAGUGAAUGAUAUCGACAACCUAGUCAAGCACUACUCGGAUAUUUCGACGCUAGCAAGCCAGAUGAACGAGACGGUACACUACAACGCUUUAGAGCUGGUAGACAGACUAUCGAACAAUCCUCAUCGAUGGACUCGAGAUCAGCUUAGCGCGUCCUUGCGUGCAAACCAGCUCGGAAACGCUCGGAUCAAGUCAUACGAGUCUUACCAUGAUACAUUGGUAGAUGUCAUGAAAGAGGCCUUCCCGGACAUGAACGAUGUGCUACAACCGAUCAGCGGAGCCAACAAGUCAAGUACUGUCGUGCCCCUGACUCCGACCAACGAAGGAGUGUCUACGUCAGGGUCCAAGGUACCGGACCUGAGGCCCGACGACGGCGAAAUCAAACAGGAAUACGAUCGACAGUAGACUUCUCCAGGCAGCAUCGCUUAACGACCUUGUAACGACAUCACACGAAGAGGACCUUUAUGAACAUAACAUGCAAUCUCUCUUGCGAGAUUCUGCCACCGGCAUUACAAG